AAUCAAAGUACAGGAGGCGGGCAUUGUCAAAAAAUCGGUGUUGUCAAAACAUGAAACGUUGAUAUGGCUGAAAAACUGAAACUUUUUUUUAUGGAACUGAAAGAAAGAGAUUUGUUUUCGUUGUGGGUUUGCUGACAACUCAAAACUGCGUUUUAUCUCAUUUAAACCCAUCUGCGAAGUUACAGAUUGUGUGAUUUUGUCUUCACCAUGGAUCAGAGAGACAGUGUUAAUGCUGAUCCUGAUGUAUUGACUGGAUCACAAGGUCGCUGUCAGCGAUUGAGGAAUCAAAGCGGGUUUUGGUUGCUUGGUCUGUGCAAUAACUUUGGCUAUGUGGUGAUGCUGAGUGCUGCUCAUGACAUCUUAAAACAACAGGAGUCUCAGAAUGUGACGGUGCCUACUCCAGGACUCUUACAUUCACACAGUGGAAACAACAGCAGCAGCAACCGCUAUGACUGCAACCCUGUGUCCACUGCAGCAGUCCUUCUGGCUGACAUCUUACCCACUCUACUGAUCAAACUGACAGCACCAUUUAUCAUACACAAAAUGCCUUAUGGUUUCCGUAUUCUGGUGUGUGUCGCCACGGCAAUGAUUAGCUUCUUGGUGGUGUCAUUUUCUUCAACUGUGUGGAUGAGCAUAUUAGGUGUGAUCUUUGCCAGUGUGAGUUCAGGACUAGGCGAGCUCUCCUUCCUCUCCCUCACAGUGUAUUUCAGCAGUAAUGUGCUGAGUGGAUGGGGAUCAGGUACAGGAGGAGCAGGAGUUGCCGGGGCUGUUCUUUAUUCUGCUUUCACACAGGCUGGGCUUUCACCUCGGGUUACUCUGCUCAUAAUGCUGAUCAUCCCUGCCGUUAUGAUGAUCAGUUACUUUUUCCUGCUAGACUUCUCUCCUUCAUUUACACACUGGAGGUCCGGGUCUGGUUUGUCCUCUGAGGGAGAUUUUCACGAACGGAGACCCUUAAUAGUGGAUGAUAACGACGAAGACUGUGUUCAAGAUGAGAAAGGGAGGAGAGAUAACAGGAAUGCUUUCUACCUCCUGACAGAGGACCAACACUCCAGACCCCUGACCUUCUCAGACAAACUACACAUCCUAAAAGGUCUGCUAAAAUUCACUGUUCCUCUAUGCGUGGUCUACUUUGCAGAAUACUUCAUUAACCAGGGACUAUUGGAGUUGCUCUACUUCCCUGAUUCCAGUUUGUCUCAUGCAGAGCAAUAUCGUUGGUAUCAGACUCUGUACCAGAUUGGCGUGUUCAUAUCCCGCACCUCACUCUACUGCUUUAAGUUCAGGAGAGUCUGGGUGCUUUCUCUCCUGCAGUGUGUGAACGCAGUUGUGUUGCUUAUUUCGGUGUAUUACCAGUUCUGGCCAAGUGUUUGGGUUGUAUUUGCAGUAGUUCUGUAUGAAGGUUUGCUGGGAGGAGCCGCCUACGUUAACGUCUUCUACUUAAUCAGAGUUGAGACUGGAGAGCAUGAGAGGGAAUUUGCGAUGGCUGCAGCAAGUGUAGGAGACAGUAUUGGCAUCGCUCUCUCUGCAGCACCGGCCAUCCCAAUCCACAACUACUUCUGUUCUCUGUGAGGAGAACACGCAUUCAUUUCAAGAUGGACGACUGUGAGGAGCAGCAGUCUUCUUCCUGUAGUCGUGUAAAUUGUAAGAACACGUAGUCAACAAGCAAUAACUACAGUACAGGGGUUUGUCAACUUGUAACUCGCAUAUGUCAUCCCCAUGUUUUAAUAUGGUGGUACAUUUCAAAUAAUGGAAGUAAAUGAAAAAAUGUAAAUGUGUUUUUCUAGAACAUUCACUUCUAGCGUGAAAAGACUACAUAACACUGUAGUGUUGCCAGGUCGCUCUUGCCACAGACAGCCCCGAUACUUACCUUUGUUUGUUUUAUUUUAAUCAGAACUGCUGCUUAUGCUACAUUACAGGGCACAUGAUGAGGAAAGUAUUAAUCGCACAUUUCCACAUAGUUAGGCUUACAGAGGCCAAUGAUUCUUUAGUGUCACGGUGAUUGACAUGGAAGAAAAACAAUAAUCUCCCCGUGAAAAGGCAAAUGAUUUUCUGUUGCCUUUGCGUUUUUAUCACUAAAAUAUAUUGUAGUGUGUUUUGCAAUAAUAGACACUUGAAUUGUCGAUGUAUAGAUGUAUAGAGCCUGAAAAAGGCAUUUUUUCCUUUUUAAGUUGCUUUUUAGUAGAUCUGGCAAUCUCAUCGAACUCAAUAAAUUAAUAUAUAAUACAUUUCAAAAACAAUUUAGUGUGAAUCUAGGCACAAAUGCUUCAGACAAGCAUCAACUGGUUCAUAUAAGUAAACCGACAUACGAUAUUUUAUUUUCCUUUAUCCUGCUUUCCUGACUUAGAAAUGCAGUAAUUAUGACUGUGAUUUAAACAUUCCUAUUUCACUAUAUAUACUGAAUAUUAUUUAUUGUGAAAUUAGGUGUGCUUGUGAGACAGUUCCACAUUAACCUGUUUCUGUCUCGGGUCAUGCCAACUUUGGGCCUGUUUAAUUAUUAAUAAUAAUGACUUCCUGAAUGCUGUUCCGAAUUAAUGCAAAUUAUAAAUAUAUAGACUCGGUAAAUGAUUUCUCGGCUUGACAGGUGUCAAGCCGAGAAAUCAUUUACCGAGUCUAUAUAUUUAAUUUGCAUUAAUAGUGACAAGCCAAAUAAAACGGUUAUUAAAAAAAGAUAGUUACUAGGUCUUGUUGUGAAUAAUAAGCCUUAUUAGAUGUACUUAUACAAUUAAUCUUUUAGAAAGUUUCAACAUUCAAAGUGCAAUUAUAUGCAUUACACCAGAUGUGACAGACGAAUGUGUGUCCAUUUACAGAGCAAUGGCAAUCGUGUAGCAGAUGUUUUACGAAUAAAGUUUAAAAACAUUUCCUGUGAGUUUUGGGACACACUGUAAUCCUUGCUCAAUGCUUGAUAAUUAUUUUGAAAAUAAAUUUUAUAUUACAAA